AUUUUUAUCUGGGUGCUUGUGAUCUUUAGCAUAACACUUGGUUGAAUUGUGUUUUGUGUUUUCUAAUUGCAUUGGAGCUCCAUUUUUAGCUAAUUAAUAGCAUCUGUUUUCUGUGUUUUUUGCUGAAUUGGUGUGUGAUCUGAAAUGAAUUUGAAAUACUGCACCACUUUAGAAUUUUUUGGCUGGUUCUUGCAUUUUAUUUGAGACCAAAUUCAGUUGAAAAGCACAAUUCUUUUUUACUUUUCAUUUUGCUGAUCAAUGAUUCAAUGCUACUGUAGGUACUUGCCGAUUUCUCUAAGAGCUAAUGAUUAGGUGUUAAGUAUGGGGAUUGAGAAACAAGGCUCCAAAGGUGGGAAUUAUGUUGGUGGUUUCCUGCAGAUGUUUGAUUGGAAUGCUAAAUCUCGAAAGAAGUUGUUUCCGAGCAAGUCAGAAGUACCUGAGGAAUCCAAACAGAAGAAAACAUGUGAUGGAAAUUUACCAACGACCCGUCUUGCCAUGCUGGACUUGGACGAAGGCGCUGCUGGAUCAAGUGUACGAGGAAGCAAUGAUCACAGCUGUGCUUCGUCAGUCGUUGAUGAGGAUUUUUGUGGGACGAAGGCGCCUGGAGUUGUUGCUAGGCUCAUGGGGUUGGAUUCCUUGCCAAAAUCCAGCAUGACUGAGCCUUACUCUACUCCACUUUUCAGUUCUUGCUCGCUUCGUGAUGCUUAUUACCAGACCCAAAACCACGAAUACCGUCAGGAUCAAGUGAUGCACUCCAGCAGUUUGCAGGGAUUAUAUAGCCGGAGUGAAACGGAGCUGAACUAUCCGAGGGUGAUACACAAGCCAAUCGAGAAAUUUCAAACUGAAAUCUUGCCACCGAAGUCAGCUAAAUCGAUUCCAAUCACCCACCAUAAACUUCUAUCUCCUAUAAAGAGUGCUCAUUCCAUCCCACCUAGAGAUGCUGCUCACAUAAUGGAAGCAGCAGCGAGGAUUAUUGAGUCGGGACCUUCUCAGGUGAGUACAAAGACGAAGCUGCCUCCAGUAGGAUCCUCUUCAGUCCCUUUAAGAGUCCGGGAUUUGAAAGAGAAGGCUGAAUCAGCACAAAAGCCAUCCAAGAUUUUUGAAGGUUCUCGAAGAAAAGGCGAAUCCAGUGCUGUCAAGAAUCUUAGGGGAAACUCGUUGAACAAGAGCUGGAACAGAUCAGUUGAUGCAACCCCAAUAAGGGUAAUGCCUGAUUCGGAUGACUCGUCUAAUGGUGUGAAUACUAAAGGAAAGUCUAUUUCACUCGCCCUACAAGCAAAGGCCAAUGUUCAGAAGAGAGGGGGCUUAACAGUGAAUGGCAGUAGGAACAUCGUCAGCCAGAAAGACUCGUGUGAGCUCAGUCCCAAUCAUCCCUUCAAAAGCCAGUCGGCUACACAGAAGAGUACAGCAAAGAAACAAUCUGUGCAAAACGGUUCAAGUGUGCUCCAACAGAACAAUCAGAAGCAAAACUGCAUUGUUGAUCGAGGAAAGCUGUCUUCAAAAGGGAGCUCAAAAGGAGGAAAAACACUCGGUGGAGAAUCUUCCUCCACUAGGCAACGGCAUUCUAGCAAAGUCUCCAGCAACUCUAGAGUUAAUGCGAGGAAGUUGAGCUCAGAGGUUAAAGAUGACAAACGAGAAGCCUUGUCUUCUUGCAAAGAAAGAGUUACUAGCAAGAAACGGUCUGUAGAUGGGAGUUACCACUCGGGGAAAAAUCAAGCUGUUCAAGACUUGCAGAUGGAUAGAAGUGGGAAAGGCAUUCAGUCUAGGGAUAGUACUACAGAUAGGCAGAGUAGUUGGGAUCAAGAUAUUGGAGGGACUGGAACAGAUGUCGUUUCUUUUACUUUCACGUCUCCAAUGGCACGAUUGGGAUCUGAUUCUGUGAGGCCCGGAGAGGUUGGGGAAACUUGUACUAUAUUGUCAGCAGGCUUUCAAAGUAAGAGUGUUUCGAGAAUUUCUUUCCGUGGACAUAAUGUUAAGGGCGGUGAUGCAUUAAACACUCUUUUGGAGCAAAAACUAAAAGAAUUGGCUGAUAAGGUAGAAUUCUCCCAACAAAAAUCCGUAAUGGAUUCUAAUGAUAUGGUGCCUAGUCUCGAGGCCUCAACGAGCUCAAGCAUGCCAGAAUCAUGUAAAGCCAAAGAUGGGAUGCACACAGUUAAUGCUGUGGGGCUAGAAGAAACCAGCACAAGCGAUGGCAACAUAUCUCGAGCCAGAAAGUUACUUGACCGCCGGCAUCCUAGUCCAGUUUCAGUUCUUGAAAAAUCUUCUUUUACAGACAGUUGCACUUCGUCGGAGACUGUAGACAGUAAUAGCAGUGGAGGCAGCAAGCAGUUGUCAUCAAUCCAAACUAUGGAAGUGCUUGAUUCUUAUUCCUUGAAGACGUAUCUUGCAGUCGAACCAGAUGCUGAGUUAGCAGACUCGGCUUCAUCAACUUCGAUUGGAACUGUGCCAAAGAGGCGUGUAACUGUUUUCACCUCAGCUGACAACGCGAAUCCUAGAAGGUGGGAAUUCGAGUAUGUGAAGGAGAUGCUAUCCAAUAUAGAGCUGAUGUUCAAUGACUAUGCCGUAGGCAGAACUCAAGGCAUUGUGAGCCCUCAUCUUUUUGAUAAGCUCUCGAGCAACGGUGGAGACAUUCUUAUGAUAGACCAAAGACUCCUGUUUGACUGUGUUAGUGAAUGCUUAGACGUGAGGUGCAGACACUAUGCUGGCGGGGGAUGCAGAUCGUUGGCUAAGGGUCUAUCGUUGGUUAGACGACAGGAGAUACUCGCUCAAGAAGUAUACAGAGAGAUCUCGGGUUGGAAUGCAAACAUUGGAGACUCCAUGAUUGAUGAACUUGUAGAUAAGGACAUGAGCAAUCAACAUGGCAGAUGGCUCGACUUUGAUGUCGAAGCAUUUGAACUCGGGGCACAGAUUCAGACCCGCAUUCUUAAUUCUUUGAUAGAUGAAGUGGUAACUGAUAUAUUGAUACUUUAACAACCCCCUAAACUGAAAUCACACCUUCAACAUGAUUAGAUCAUGAAUGAAAAGACAGAGACUGAGUUCAAGAAACUGCUUAACACAGACUUGAUGAAAUUUCAUGACCAAAUCAAGAUGUUGUCCUCUUCGUUCCACAGGCCUUGCUCCCCCCCUGCUACGUUGCGAUCCCACUGCAGCACGUCGUCAUUGAAAUAGGAAACGAUGGGCGACAAACACUCAUACAGGCUUGCAAGGUCUAAAUUUGAGUUCCAACCACCAUCGCCACAACAAUCCCUUUCCUCACUGGCAGCCGUGUAGGCCAUGAACCCGUCUCCAUCGCCGCGACAUUGGUUCGUCUUCUCGUUUCCUGGGAAGUUGUUGAGGUGCAUUAAUAUGUCAGCGUCAAUCUCAGUCGAUGGUCCUAACAUCUCCUCCACUUCCUGUGCAUCAUUAGGUGAGAGCAUUAAUGCAUCAGGCGAUCCCUUUGUGCUCAAGGUGUCACAGCUGGAGAACGAAUCACUCUUUCCCUCGUCGUUUCUUUCUUCAGCUGGCACUUGUGCGCUGGCCACGUGGUGCUGGGCCGGGGGGGCUGCGUUCUUGCCGCGCCUGUGGUCUCGACACCUGCUCUUGGGGGCUAUCUUGAUCAUGUCUGCUUGAGUGAGAGUGGCUUCACCUAUGAACCUGUAUCUGUAUAUCGUCCUGCUCAAAUGAGAGUUCCAGUAGUUCUUGAUCUCGUUGUCGGUUCGACCCGGUAGAUGGCUCGCAAUCAAGGACCACCUACAAACAUCCACAUCUUCUACUUCACAAUAAACAUCAACAUUGAAUUUUCUAACUUAGUGGGGCAUGAAACAAGACAGGUGAGGGGUAGGGGGGGCUCCAGCCCCCACCAAACAUUUAGUACCCAAGAAAUGACAGGAAUCUCUCUUCUAUUUAUUUAUUUUGCUUAAUUAGACAUUCAAGGACAGACCACUGGAAACAGCAAAAAAAAAAAAAAAAAAACUGAAUUUCUGAAACAUAUCACGUGAAUCUGUCAAAAUGCCAAAAAUCACAUUUAUAUAAUAUUGAAUGAAUUCUACAUAUAUUGCACAUGCA